AUGCUCAUUGAUGAACAAGGAAAUAUUGCAUCCAAUUAUGAACAAAUAACAUAUAUGCCUGCUCAUGAUUGUAAUAGAAAAUUGAAUAUCUAUUUACUGUAUCCACAUCGACCUAAAUAUUCAUCAAGAAAUUAUUCUAUUCGUAUUGAUCUUUUUGACAAAUUAACAUUAGAUUAUUGGACAAGUUGGUAUUUACCAAUUCCAUUUCAGUUUCUUCUUGUUAAUCGAAUAUCAGCUCAGCUAAACAUUCCUGAAGUACGAGAAAAUACACUAUGUGCACUAUCAUGUGGAGAGCAUGGUCAGUGUAUGAGAUAUACAAAUAUGAAUAAUUCAGUUUUUUGUCGAUGUGAUCAAGGAUAUUCUGCUACUUUCUGUAAUAUUACAUAUCAAUGCCAAUGUUCAAAUGACUCAUUCUGUCUUGCUCCAUCUAUUUGUGUAUGUCCCUUGAAUAAGUUUGGCUCACGUUGUUAUUUGAAAAGAUCAAUAUGUCAAUCAGUGAACAAUCCAUGUCAACACAAUGGACUUUGUGUAGCAAUUGAUGUUCGUAUUAAUUUAUAUGAAUUUAUCUGUAUUUGUAAAGAAGGUUAUCAAGGUGAACGAUGU